AUGGAACGAGAACCAAACCCAGCGGAGUCGCAGAAAUCUGUGGCUCCGAAAAUUCGGCCAUCGGCUCCGCUCGCUUUGUCUUAUCGCGAGGGAGGUUUUAACGAACAUAAGGUUUCCGGAGACGCGAAAGAGGCGAGAAACGAGGCCGUCGUCGCAGGAUUCGCGCAGGGAUCGCGGAGAAGUGAUGGAUUCGGCGCCGUUCGCAGAGAUAUGACUGUAGCAGCGGGUUUUCAGCACGAUUUUGAGGAUCCAACAGUAACUUGUACCAACUGGCCUGCUAUAAUUUUCAUGCAGGGUGUUGCUAUUACCCAAGAAAAUUCCUUAUUAGAUAAUACUGCUAGAAUUGAGGGAUGGUUAGCUAGGUUCCCUAUGUUUGAUUGGGUGGGUGGUAGAACAUCAGUAAUGUCUGCAGUUGGCUUACUUCCAGCUGCGCUACAGGGUAUUAACAUCAGGGAAAUGCUUGUUGGUGCAUCAUUGAUGGAUAUGGCCAAUCGUACAACUGUGGUGAGGAAUAAUCCAGCUGCCUUGCUUGCUCUUUGUUGGUAUUGGGCAACUGAUGGAGUGGGUUCCAAGGACAUGGUUGUUCUUCCCUACAAGGAUAGUUUACUUCUCUUUAGUCGGUAUCUGCAGCAAUUAGUCAUGGAAUCACUUGGAAAGGAAUUUGACCUUCAUGGAAAUAGGGUAUGGAUCUGCUCCUGUGGGAAAAGAAUUUAA